AUGAUUUCCGUUGCAGCUGAAAGAAGAAGCCACCACUUGCUCUCAAAAUGGAAGCUGGGUGCCAUUGUUGAGAACAGAGUUACAGAACUUACUUUGGCUGAAUUCCUCUCCUAUGGACCUCAGAAAUUCCCUGGAACUGAGGGAAAACCGAUUUUGAGGAAACUAAAAGACGGAAGGAUCUUCGAGUGGAAGGUUGAUAAAGAUGCUCCUCUGUGUACACUCGAAGGGGCUUUCCAGAAUGUGGAUCGAUCGGUAGGCUUUAAUGUCGAAUUGAAGUUCGAUGAUCUUGUCGAUUAUACGGAAGGACAACUCCCACGUAUACUAAAAGCUAUCUUGAAGGUGGUGUUCGAGAAUGCAGAGGGCAGAGCAGUCAUGUUCUCGAGCUUUCAACCGGACGCUGUCCGGUUGAUUAGAAAAUUGCAGAGCGCAUAUCCGGUAUACUUCCUUACCAAUGGAGGAACUGAAAUUUACGCCGACGUGCGGAAUUCAUUGGAUGAGGCUAUUAAGCUCUGCGUCGAUAAUGGCUUGCAAGGGAUCGUAUCCGAAGUCAAAGCCGUAUUCAGAAAUCCCGGAGCAGUUGCAAGAAUCAAAGAAUUAAAACUUUCCCUCAUAACCUAUGGUCAAUUGAAUAACGUCCCGGAGGUUGUGUACAUGCAAUAUUAUCUAAUGGGAUUCGACGGAGUUAUCGUCGACCUGGUUAAGGAGAUUAGCAAGUCGGUAUCGGAUGUAACCCGAGUGAAGGAGGAGGAAGAGAAGAGCUCGUAUGGAGAGGACGGGAAGAUGGAAGCGAAAGCGAAACCACAAUUUUCGAUUGAAGAACUCUCCUUUCUAAUGAAGCUAAUACCAGAGCUGAUGAUCCAGCCUUGA